AUGGCGACACAGGCUAUUCACGCCCACGCCGCCCACGGCGGCGGCCACGCGCAUUCAAGCUCCACCUCCUCGUAUCCCCCACAGCCGGCCUCUCCUACAUUGACGAACCCCGACAUGAUCCUUCCCGACUAUGAUUGUCCUUCUUCCCCCGACAGGUCGCAUUCUCCUCUCAUGAUGUGGAAGAACUCCCAAGCUGUCGACAUGAACAUGCAGUUCCAGUUUCCCCCGAGCGCCUACGUCGCCGGCCCAAUUACUCCCGCGACGCCGAUUAUUUAUGGCAACGGAACGAUGCUGUCUGAUAUCGGCGAAGUCACAGAGGCCGAGAGUACGCCAGGCAAGGCCUCGCGCCCUUCUUCAAUGAUUUGGACAGGCCGCACUCCCCGUCUCGGCGACGAGCCGUUUCCCUCCCCGACGAAAGCGUACGAGAGCAUCAAGCAACGGGCACGGGCACACGAACGACGAUCCUCGGUCGAGUCCACGAGUACGAUCACCACAACACAAGACCACAAUGUGUUCGCCGACUUUGACGAUACCGUCAGCGUGGAUGACAGCAACUUCCAAGGCGACGAUGAGGAGAGCGUGGCAGAGUCCUAUGCAGAUGAUGUGUCCGUUCACAAGGCCCAUAUCAUCUCUCAACCUUCAAGGGCGUCCCUUAAUGAUCCAAACAGGUACUCAACCGCGUUAAUUAGUCGACGAGCCGAGCAGAUUCUUGCCAAUGCCAAGCGCAGACUCACGACCAUGGAGGGCAAUUUGAACAGAGCGCGCAGCUCAUUGAGCAUUUCGACACCAUCCAUUUCCUCAUUCGACGGCAGCGGCUCUACUCCUUCCCCGCCUAUGAUGAGAGCCACUUCUUCAGCGACAUCUCCUAGUUCUGUGCAUGGACACGCUAGAAUGUUGAGUGAUUCGUCAAUCAACACCGAAUUAGUGAAUUUGGGCAUUGCGCAGCGGAGAUCUGCCAGCGCCAUGGGCGCAGCCGGGGGUUAUCGCCAGCCAAUCUCUACGCGAAAGAUCACUCACGACGCGGCCACUCUUGAGCGCUUGAACUCUGGGCGGGAUGCGCAACCACGAUACAAGGCCGCCCAGGAAAUUGGCUUGGAUACUCUGGGGGAGGAUGAGGUCUCGACGGAAUUUCACUCGGGAAGCGACAGUACAACAAAACGAAACAGCCUUUUGGGUCCUGCGCUCAAUGGUCCCACCAAGCCUCCGCUAACGCGAUCUGCAUCGGCAGCACAAAUGCGCGAUCUGAAGGACCAAGUCCAGGACCUCAAGGGUAAGAUCUCGUCGUUGAGGGAACAGGCGCGGGUGGAUACUAUGCGACGACGCAGCCUACAGAGUCUGCGAACCCCUAGUCCUUUCACUCACGCGCAGGUCGAUCAGUGGUAUUCCGGACCUCAAAAAAACGAGUCCUCGCCAGAGCCUCUCACUGCGACCUUGGAACAGGCCCCAUGGAACGAGCCAUCGCCUGUCAUUGACGGGGAAAACCUAGAGAAGGACGUGGAGGCUGCCGUUGAAGAGACACCAAUCAAGGAUGAUGAGUCGGUUGUUGGUGAUUACGAGGCCGCGCAAGAGGCGAUCCGCCAAGAGGAGCGCCAGAAGGCUCUCGACGCGAUGGAAGCGAAUGCACACGUCGAGCCUGCUGACGACAUUUCUGAUAUGCACACCGAGGACGGUUUCGAGGACAGUGUACAGGUUCAAGAUGAAGACGGCUACGACAGCGAGAGUGGUGAUUCCCUCUACCACGACACAUUCCAAACCCCUGUGUCGCAUGAAGACCGAGAAGAUGCGUUCGACUACGAGCACUUCUUCCUUCACAGUGCCAUGGGCACUAUCAGCCAACAACGCCGCGGUAGCUUCAGUUCCGAAAGUUCUGUGGAGACAACUCGCGGGCCCAUGACUUCUGACGAAGCGAUCCGUCCAAAGGCGCAUAACAGGAGAGGCAGCGGCGACACGACCUCGACUAUGGAGUCAUUUGCAACCGCUCAAUCGGGUCGAGCCAGCCGGGUCAGCGCCAGCGGCACCGAGGAGGAUCCGCGACAAGGCGUCCUUACCCCUCCUAGUGUCAGCCCCAUCAGCGAGCGCACCGAGAGCCCGCCAACCGCCAAGCGGUCGACCGUCGGAAGCAUCAACGGCGGCGAUGUACUUGAAGAGAUGCGGACGCGUGCGCGCGCUGGCUCUAUAGCCUAUCGUCGCCCGAUGAGCACGCAAGCGACCAUGGGCCACCGCCCCUCGACCGCAUCCUUCGAUUCGACCGGCACGAACCGCAGCUUCCCGUUGGUGGGCAAGGCACGUGUUAGUGUUGGUGUUGGCGGUGUGCUUACGCCCCAGGGGUCUCCCGAGUUGGAGCUUCGAACCAUCUCCGAUGCCAUUAUGAGCGAGACCGCAAGCAUUUGCGAUAAAGAAAGUCUUCACGGACCUGACCAGAUUGCGCCUAUGACGCAGCUCGCCAAGGAGGACCAAAUCCUCGUCGAACGCUUCGUGGCGAGCUUGGGGCGUUGCGUGCUUGGUUUGAGCGAAGCUGGCAAGGCGUCUGCAGAGGGCCGGAUGUACAGAAGGCGCCUUGACACGGCGCGCAAGAUUUUGGAAGGCAUGGGCGAAACAUCAUGA